AUGUCAGGGAAAGUUUUCGUGGUAUUUGCACUGCUGGUUGCUCUGCUUGUGUCUGGAGCAGCUUCCCCAACUGAAACCGGAGAGACUGAGGAGACAAAUGUUCUCAAGCAGCUUCUAGCUAAACAUGAGAUGGCAAAAGACUCGGCUGGAAGACAGAGGCAAGCACCCCGCACUCACUCUGCACGGGUGGAACGACGGGCGCACCUUUCAGUUGAUGAGCGCGAGAUAAUGACCAAACAAAUAAUGCAAGCAAUUUCAGAGCUGAUGAACUCCGAGUGCAUGACGGAUCGGGACUACCAGGGCUGGGUGGAUUUUGGCCGCCGGGACACAGAAUGA